AUGGAUUCCAAAAACGUUUUCCUCAUCCUUGGUCUAUUGGCCAUGGUUCUUCUUAUUUCCUCUGAGGUGUCAGCUAGAGAAUUGGCUGAGACUUCCACUGAUACCAAAGAGGAAGUUGUUGAAAAGUCAAAUGAAGUAAAUGAUGCCAAAUAUUUCGGUGGAGGUUAUGGUCAUGGUGGUCAUGGCUAUGGUCCUGGCUAUGGUCAUGGCUACGGUCAUGGUGGAAGCUAUGGUCAUGGUGGAAGCUACGGUCAUGGUGGAAGCUACGGUCAUGGAGGCUAUGGUGGAGGCUACGGUCAUGGUGGUGGAGGUUACGGUCAUGGCGGCGGUGGUUACGGUCAUGGCGGCGGUGGUGGAUACAACGGUGGUGGUUUUUCCAACAAUGAGGUUGUUGAAACUUCAAAUGAAGUAAAUGAUGCCAAAUAUGGCGGUGGACACUACUAUGGUGGUGGUCCACAUUACAACGGUGGUGGAAACAGGUACCAUGGUGGUGGUGGAAGGUACCAUGGAGGAGGAGGCGGUUACCAUGGUGGACAUGGUGGACAUGGUGGUGCUUCCGACAAUGGUAACUAA